ACCACCACAUGGCAUUAAAAUUCAGCUCGGUGUUUGUUGAAAUCUGAGCUGUACAUUUGUCUGUUCAAUAUGACACAUUUAUUCCAAUCUGGCAACCGUGGCUAUAUCUGACGCUCCUGUGGACUGAGCAGCUUGUGGGGAGUCGUGUGGAUAAUUAUAAACACACACACACACAGAAGCAGUAAGCAGUCUGUCACUUCAUGUCCGUGUUGCUCGGCUGCACUGAAGCACAUGGAGGAGAGAAAGCUCGUGAUCAGGAAACGCGUGCGCUGUGAGAGUACAGCAUCUGUACCGCAGUUCACCAACUCACCCACUUUGAUCGUGAUGGUCGGUCUACCAGCCAGAGGAAAAACCUACAUCUCCAAAAAGUUAACACGCUACCUCAACUGGAUUGGCGUUCCUACAAAAGUGUUUAAUGUUGGACAGUACCGCCGGGAAGCCGUUCAAUCCUACAAGAGCUUUGAGUUUUUCCGUCCCGACAAUGAAGAGGCCAUGAAGAUCCGCAAAGCCUGUGCACUUGCUGCCCUAAAAGACGUAGCGGAUUACUUCAAUCUGGAGCAGGGCCAAGUGGCGGUGUUUGAUGCCACAAACACGACACGCGAGAGGAGGGAGGUCAUUUUGUCAUUCGCCAAAGAGAAUGGUUACAAGGUGUUUUUCAUUGAGUCAGUGUGUGAUGAUCCUGAAAUCAUUGCUGAAAAUAUAAAGCAAGUGAAGCUCAGCAGCCCGGACUACAUCGGCUGUGAUAAGGAGGAAGCCGUGAAAGAUUUUCUGAAGAGGAUCGAGUGCUAUAAGAUCACAUACGUCGCUCUGGAUGACAACAAAGACAGACACCUGUCCUAUAUAAAGAUCUUUAACGUAGGCAGCAGGUAUUUAGUGAAUCGUGUUCAGGAUCACAUCCAGGGCCGGAUCGUUUAUUACCUGAUGAAUAUUCACGUCACGCCGCGCAGCAUCUACCUGUGCAGACACGGAGAGAGCGAGCUCAACCUGCUCGGCCGCAUCGGGGGCGAUUCGGGUCUCUCGCCACGAGGAAAUAAGUUUGCGGCAGCUCUGGGGAAGUACAUCAGGAGUCAGGGUAUCCUGGACCUGAAAAUCUGGACGAGUCACAUGAAGAGGACGAUCCAGACUGCCGAGGGAGUCGGGGUGCCGUACGAGCAGUGGAAAGCUCUCAAUGAGAUCGAUGCCGGUGUGUGUGAAGAGAUGACAUAUGAAGAGAUUCAGCAACACUUUCCUGAAGAGUUUGCACUGAGAGACCAAGACAAAUAUCGCUACCGUUACCCAAAAGGAGAGUCGUAUGAGGAUUUGGUCCACAGACUGGAGCCCGUGAUCAUGGAGUUAGAGCGGCAGGAGAACGUUCUGGUCGUCUGUCACCAGGCAGUCAUGCGCUGUCUGCUCGCUUAUUUCCUGGACAAAAGUGCAGAUGAUCUGCCAUAUUUAAAAUGCCCUCUUCAUACAGUACUGAAGCUAACCCCUGUGGCUUACGGCUGUAAAGUCGAGUCAGUUUUCCUGAAUAUUGAGGCAGUGAACACACACCGAGACCGGCCGGUGCAUGCUGAAGCUGAGAGCAGUCAGAAUCCACCAUACCGUCUCACUCGUGUACAGCCCAUGGCCAGUCCUACCCCAACUAAAGCCCCGUGCCUACCAGAGCUCGACCUCGCCGAGCUUAGUUUGCAGAACGUCAGUGUGGAUCGAGAUGAUGAAGAGGCUCUCCUGACGGUUCCUGAACACAUCUAAAGGCAGAGAAGAAAAAAAAAAAAAAAAAAAAGUCGUCUUUAGACAUAGUUAAAAGCAGUUUGGAUUUAAUUACCGUGAUUCUGAUGUAAUCAGUUAGAUAUGGGCUGAGGGUCUGUGAGGGCUUUGUUACAGGGACAUGCCUUUUCCAUGCCUGUUAAUAAGGACUGCUUUACAAGGUCAGGAAACACAAGUUGGUCUGAUCUUGAGUAGUCUUUACAGGGUGGAAUACUGGAACAGUUGUUGUACAAUGUAGUUUUAAGUUGAAGGGGUGGAGAGGUGAUGUGAAACCAUGAGCUACCUUUCAUGUAAGAUUUUAUUAUAUAGUGACAGAUGAACCUGAGAGAGCGAACCAGCAAACCAGUGCCGAGUCAAAAGCAUAAUACUACUAUUACUACUACUAAUGAUUUUACAAGCCAUAUAAAUGCUCCGUUUAAUCAUUGUUAUUGUAAUUAGUAAAUGUAAUUAAUUAACACUCUGAUAUUUAAUACUACAUUCAUUAAACAAAUUAAUAAUUAAUUAAGGAAGACUAGUAAAGUGCAGGUUUGUUGGUCACAGAAAACUGAGAAAAACAUGAUGUUUGUGUAAAAAAUUCUUAUUAUUUCAAAGAUGUUCACUGGCACACGGGUAGGCGAUAUGACAUAGUACCAUAAUAUUCAAUAUGAUACACAAAAUGCAUCAUGAUAUUUGGGUUUGCUUACAAACUCCUGGAAAAAUGUUAAUGAUUGCAUUUAAAAAAUGUAAGAAAAAAAUAAA